GCCCACCACUUGCUGAGGUGGACGGCCUUGCUAAGAACGAGAUCGUGGAUCACACCAUCGGCCUCCAAAAUGAGGAUGAAAUGAUCCAUGCUGGGCAAGGAGUCUACAUCAAUCAAGAAUCCUGGAUGGAGAUGCAGAAAGCGGAGAGCGACUCCAUGUUUUGUAAAAUCACGGCCUCUUCCAUUUGGCCAGUGGAAGUGCUUUUAGAGAAGUCAGUGACCGGCACCCUCUCCAACAAAGCAAAAGCAGCGGGGCAAGAAAAAGCAUUUGCCCCACUUACUCCGCACAAGGUGCAGGCUCUCUCAGGCUGCUUUUGGCUAUACCUAAGGGAGAGGGGGUACCGCCAGGCUGAAAGGGCAGCCCGGCACCAGAAGAUGCGCCGGUACCUGUCCGAAAAGCUGUCGGAUCUGAGGAGAAAUCGCUAAAAAGGCUCAUCCCUUUGCCCUGUCCUGCCCCAACGUAUGGUCCCGCCACGGACUGCUCAUGCUGCUGCAGGUCUGCCAUCGCUUGCACUCGAUGCAGCCUUUUCACCGUUU